CCCGCUGGACGCUCUCAAACCACCUGUAGCGGAUCUGUGUCCUCCAACGGAAAUAAACCUCCGAAAGCCACCGAGAUACCGGGCAUAAAGCCCCUGUGACGGGAGACAUCUUCUGUUUUCAUUAUUUUUCUUAUAUCAUCAUCGUUUUGUAUUUAUAUGAAGGUUAUUUAAGAAGAGAACUAUGUUACUGACGCACCGACUCUUCUUCCUAUUGAUAUUAAUCUCGACUUCAGCUGUAAUAGAGAUAGAUGCAAAUGCCACAAACUCACCCAUUGGAGCUCCCGCCACGACUGUUGCAACAAGCAUUCCAUCUGGGAAUACAAAUACAGCAUUCCCAAACAAUGCUACAACUUCAGCUUUGUUGACAACACGUCGUGGUGAUGUCACUUCUCUACUCUCGUCUACUCAAGACAGCAUUUCAAGCUCAUCCACAACUUCCCUAGUUAAUGCUACAAGCUCAUCAGUGAGUACACCAGGAAAUGCCACAACUUCACCUGCACCUGUAGCCAACACCACAACUCCACUUGAACCUACAGCGGGGAAUGCAACAGCCAAUCCUGUAACUGCACCAGGGGACAACACAACUACUCAUUUCCCUGAGCCAACUCCACCCCACACUACAAGUGGCAAUUACACAACUCCUCCCAAUAACACACCAGGCUACACCACUGCUCCAUCAAUUACAACACCAAGCAAUGUCACAAUUACUGCGCAAACCACUUCAGGUAACGAUACAACUGCAAACUAUGCUACGACGUCACCCUCAGCCACACACUUACCAACACCAGAGAACAACACAACAGGAAACGCUACCACACCACCCAUCACUACACCAGGGAACUUUACAACAGGGGAUUCUACUGUACCAGCCCUUACUACACCAGUAAAUGCUACUACACCACCCUUUACUACAUCAGGAAGCAAUACAACAGGCAACGCUACUGCACCACCCAUGACUACACCAGUAAAUGCUACUACACAACCCUUAAUUACACCAGGGAAUGAUACAACGGAGAGUGCUUCUAGACCACCCAUGACUACACCAGUGAAUUCUACUAUACCCUCCUUUACUACACCAGAAAGCAAUACAACAGGAAACGCUACUGCACCAUCCAUGACUACACCAGUAAUUGCUACUACACAACCCUUAACUACAUCAGAGAACAAUACAACAGGUAAAACUUCUGCACCAUCCAUGACUACGCCAGUGAAUGCUACUACACAUCCUUUAACUACUCUAGAAAACAAUGCCACAGUAAAUGCCACCACACCAUCUAUGACCACACUAAUAAAUGCUACUACACCACCUAUAACUACACCAGGGAGCAAUACAACAGUAAAUGCUACUACACCACACAUGAGUACAACAACGAACAAUGCCACAGUAAAUGCUACUACACCACACAGUACUACACCAGGGAGCGAUGCAACAGUAAAUGCUACAACACCACCCAUAACUACACCCUGGAACCAUACCACAGUAAAUGCAACUACAUCACCCAUAACUACAACAGGGAACAAUACCACAGUGAAUGCUACUACACCACACAUUACUACACCAGGGAGCAACACAACAGUAAAUGUUACAACACCACCAAUAACCACACCAAGGAACCAUACCACAGUAAAUGCAACAACACCACCACCCAUAACUACACCCGGGAACCAUACCACAGUAAAUGCAACAACAACACCCAUAACUACACCAGGAAGCAAUACCACAAUAAAUGCUACUACACCACAAAUUACUGCACCAGGGAGCAACACAACAGUACAUGCUACUACACCACUUACUAGCACACCAGGAAGCAAUACCACAGUAAAUGCUACUACACCCUCCAUAACUACACCAGGGAGCAAUACAACAGUAAAUGCUACUACACCCUCCAUAACUACAACAGGGAGCAAUACAACAGUAAAUGCUCCUACACCACACAUUACUACACCCGGAAACAAUUCCACAGUAAAUGCUACAACACCUCCCAUUACUACAACAGGGAGCAACACAACAGUAAAUGCUACCACACCACCCAUUACUACACCAGGGAGCAACACAACAGUAAAUGCUACCACACCACCUAUUACUACACCAGGGAGCAACACAACAGUAAAUGCGACAACACCACCUAUUACUACACCAGGGAGCAAUACCACAGUAAAUGCGACAACACCACCCGUUACUACACCAGGGAGCAAUACCACAGUAAAUGCUACUACUCCACCCAUUACUACACCAGGGAGCAAUACCACAGUAAAUGCUACCACACCACCACAAUCUACUCCAGGGAAUACUACUCUACCACCCAUAACCAACUCAACAACUGGACCCAUCGUAUCUACUACUAACCCAACUAACACCACCACAUCAGGUACUUGUCCUACAGUGCCCUGCCCAUCACUCAGUGUCUGUGUGAACUCUGUCUGCCAGUGCUUGGCUGGAACUGUUCUUUUAAAUAAUAUUUGUGUGGAAACUAAAACCUUUGCUAGUUCACUACGAGUGAACCGCACUUUUGAUGAUGCCAUGAAUGAUCCCAAGUCACCUCAAUUUCAGGGAAUUGCAAAUGAGAUCAUGGCUGCGGUAAAUGGAGCCAUGCGUAACCAGAAAAACUACAUUAACUGUACAGUGAUUAAAUUGACGCCUGGCAGUGUAGUGGCCACAGUAAACACAUUUUUUGAGCCCAACUCUCCAGUCACCCAGGAAUCGGUUUCAUCUGCCAUAACUACUGCUAUACAACAGUGCAAUAACACAAAUUGUGGGAUACUUGCUGGUGCACAAUAUAGGGAAACUAGUCUGUGUGCCCAAAAUCCUCCUCCUUGUGAUACCGAAACUACAGUGUGUAAUACUAAAGAUGGGUCUGCCUUCUGUACCUGUGUAACUGGUUACGUCCCCAGUCCUUACCAGGUCAAAAGCUGCAGUGCUUGCCCAAGUGGCUCUAAAGCACAUGAAAAUAAAUGUGUGCCAUGUUCAUUUGGAUAUUCUGGAUUCAACUGUAAUGACUCCUCUCUGUUGGCUCUAGUGGUGGUGGCCUGUAUAUUAGGGGGUCUUCUGCUCAUUGCGAUUGUGGUAGCUAUCAUCUACAUCUGUAGGAGCAAGAAGAAGCCAGACAUCAAUUACUUCAGCAGCCCGUACCCUGCUGGGGACUACCGGACCCAUUGGUCUUCUCAGGAGGUCCGCCAUAUCCCCCGUGCCACUCUCACAUCCACCUCCAGCCAUGAUGCCUCUGGAAACAGUCUGGAGAUGUCUGAAGCAAUGGGCAAGAAAGGGCACAGUAACGGAUUGAAGAUUGGAGGAAAGACGGGCUCAUAUGAUCUCGCAUCAGAUGGCAUGAGGACCUUUAAAGACCCGAACCCUACACGGUACUCUUAUCUGGUGGGUCAUGAAAACCCCUAUUUCAUACCGGGGGACGAGAAGCGAUGAGGAACGCAGAAGAGGAAAGUAAGAGGACAAGAAAAGAGUGCAAUAAUAAUAAUAACGUGAAUUAUAAAAAGGCCUUGGAUCAAAACAUUUCAGGAAAGAUAAACCACACAGCUGACUCAGUGCAUACAUGCAAACAGCUUUAGAGAGACUUAUCGUUUUUAAUAUUUUAAAAUGCAGCUUUUAUUCUAAAUUCUAUUAACCCAGGAUAAAAUGCUCACUUGCUAUAAGUGCAUUGAUGAUUGGGUUUCUUUUUCCACACGUUUGACUGGUGUGUUUUAUGG